AUGUAUGGGGAGGUGGAGUUCAUCAGCGUUGACACUCAAUAUACAGACAGUGUGAAUGUGAGGUUGGUUGGUGGUCACAGUCGCUGUGCUGGUAGAGUGGAGGUUCUUCAUAGAGGUCAGUGGGGAACAGUGUGUGAUGAUGACUGGGAUUUGCCUGAUGCUGCAGUGGUGUGUAGAGAGCUGGACUGUGGAGAACCUGUAGAUGCUCUGCGUGGUGCUCAAUUUGGACCAGGUUCAGGACAAAUCUGGAUCAAUUUUGUCAUGUGUUGGGGAUCAGAAUCCACACUAAAGAACUGUGGGUCAGGAGGAUGGGAUAGACACAACUGUGAUCACAAUAAAGAUGCUGGAGUCAUCUGCUCAGAAGUCAGGUUGGUUGGUGGUUCUCGCUGCUCUGGGAGGUUAGAGAUACUUCAUGAUCAGACGUGGAUGUCAGUGUGUGACGCAGCCUUUGACCAGCAGGAUGCAGAGGUUGUGUGUAGAGAGCUGGACUGUGGGGCUCCUGUACAGGUGCUGGGAGCAGCUGCUUUUGGCAAAGGAGACGCUCAGAUGUGGACACAAGAGAUUCAGUGCAGAGGAAAUGAGUCUCAGAUUCACCUCUGUCCAACAUCACAAUCACAUGAAAACAAUUGUUCUCAUGACAAUGAUGUUGGACUGGUGUGUACAGAAAUAAUAAAUGUGCGGUUGGUUAAUGGAAACAGUCCCUGCAGUGGGACAGUGGAGGUUCAUCAUAGAGGUCAGUGGGGAACAGUGUGUGCCAGACUAAUUGGAAACUCCAGUUGCUCUGGGAGGUUAGAGAUGCUUCAUGAUCAGACGUGGAUGUCAGUGUGUGACGCUGCCUUUGACCAGCAGGAUGCAGAGGUUGUGUGUAGAGAGCUGGACUGUGGGGCUCCUGUACAGGUGCUGGGAGCAGCUGCUUUUGGCAAAGGAGACACUCAGAUGUGGACACAAGAGAUUCAGUGCGGAGGAAAUGAGUCUCAGAUUCACCUCUGUCCAACAUCACCAUUACAUGAAAACAACUGUUCUCAUGAGUUCAACAUUGGUUUGCUGUGUACUGGCAUAAUAAAUGUGAGAUUGGUAAAUGGUACCAGUCGCUGUGCUGGUACAGUGGAGGUUCUUCAUAGAGGUCAGUGGGGAACCGUGUGUGGUGAUGGCUGGGAUUUGGCUGAUGCUGCAGUUGUGUGUAGAGAGCUGGACUGUGGAGAACCUGUAGAUGCUCUGGAUGCUUACUUUGGACCAGGAUCAAGACCAGUCUUAAUGAAAAUUGCAAUUUGUACUGGAACUGAGUCUACACUUAAGAAAUGUGGAUCCAUACAAUUGCCUGACAAAUGUCUUGAUAAGAGUGCUCAAGUCAUAUGUUCAGAAGUCAGACUGGUUGGAGGUUCUCGCUGCUCUGGGAGGUUAGAGAUACUUCAUGAUCAGACGUGGAUGUCAGUGUGUGACGCUGCCUUUGACCAGCAGGAUGCAGAGGUUGUGUGUAGAGAGCUGGACUGUGGGGCUCCUGUACAGGUGCUGGGAGCAGCUGCUUUUGGCAAAGGAGACACUCAGAUGUGGACACAAGUGAUUCGGUGCAGAGGAAAUGAGUCUCAGAUUCACCUCUGUCCAACUAACUCCUCACACAAACAUAGCUGUUCACAUGAAUACAGUGUUGGAUUAGUGUGUGCAGACAAUAUGAGAGUGAGGUUGGUUGGUGGCAACAGUCGCUGUGCUGGUAGAGUGGAGGUUCUUCAUAGAGGUCAGUGGGGAACAGUGUGUGGUGUUGACUUUGAUAUGGCUGAUGCUGCAGUGGUGUGUAGAGAGCUGGACUGUGGAGAACCUGUAGAUGUUGUGGUUGAUGCUCAUUUUGGAUCAGGAUCAGGAGCAAUCUGGCCAAAUCGCAAGUUAUGUACUGGAUCAGAGUCUACACUGAAGAACUGUGGAUCAGUACAAUGGGGUUCAUAUCUCUGUGAUCAUACUAAAGAUGCAGGAGUCAUCUGUUCGGGUAAUCUGCUCCAAAGACUAAUUGGAAACUCCAGUUGCUCUGGGAGGUUAGAGAUGCUUCAUGAUCAGACGUGGAUGUCAGUGUGUGACGCUGCCUUUGACCAGCAGGAUGCAGAGGUUGUGUGUAGAGAGCUGGACUGUGGGGCUCCUGUACAGGUGCUGGGAGCAGCUGCUUUUGGCAAAGGAGACGCUCAGAUGUGGACACAAGAGAUUCAGUGCAGAGGAAAUGAGUCUCAGAUUCACCUCUGUCCAACAUCCCUUUAUAAAAACCAUUGUUCAGAUGAUAAUUUCCAGGGGCUGUUCUGUGCUGAUAGAAAGAAUGUGAGGUUGGUUGAUGGUAACAGUCCUUGUGCUGGUAGAGUGGAGGUUCUUCAUAGAGGUCAGUGGGGAACAGUGUGUGGUGAUUUCUGGGAUUUGGCUGAUGCUGCAGUGGUGUGUAGAGAGCUGGACUGUGGAGAACCUGUAGAUGCUCUGACUGAUGAUGGCUUUGGGCAAGGAUCGGGACCAGUCUGGAUGAGUGCUGUAUUAUGUACUGGAUCAGAGUCUACACUGAAGAACUGUAAGUCAUCAGGAUGGAGCAUGAAUAGCUGUACUCACAAUGCAAAUGUGGGGGUCAUCUGUUCAGGUCAUAAGCCUUCCAGACUUGCUGCUGGAUCUCACCUGUGCUCUGGGAGGCUAGAGAUACUUCAUGAUCAGACGUGGAUGUCAGUGUGUGACGCUGCCUUUGACCAGCAGGAUGCAGAGGUUGUGUGUAGAGAGCUGGACUGUGGGGCUCCUGUACAGGUGCUGGGAGCAGCUGCUUUUGGCAAAGGAGACACUCAGAUGUGGACACAAGAGAUUCAGUGCAGAGGAAAUGAGUCUCAGAUUUCAUUCUGUUCAAUAUCAUCACACAGACACAACUGCAGCAGUGACAAUAAUGUGGGCUUGAAAUGUUCUGGUCAUAAGCCUUCCAGACUUGCUGCUGGAUCUCACCUGUGCUCUGGGAGGCUAGAGAUACUUCAUGAUCAGACGUGGAUGUCAGUGUGUGACGCUGCCUUUGACCAGCAGGAUGCAGAGGUUGUGUGUAGAGAGCUGGACUGUGGGGCUCCUGUACAGGUGCUGGGAGCAGCUGCUUUUGGCAAGAAAGAAACUCAAACUCAUUCAAGUUUGGAAGAAGUGGAGGGUUCCUCUCUGGCUCUUCAUGAUGGUCUGGUGCGGUUGUCUGGAGAGAGACAGUGUGAGGGGCAGGUGGAAGUUUUCAUCCGUCAGGUCUGGAGGAGAGUUCUGCUGGACUCCUGGAGUCUCACUGAAUCCUCUGUGGUCUGCAGACAGCUGGGCUGUGGCUCUGUGCUGAACUUCUACGGCUCCUCUUCAUCCAGUCCUGAACACAGUCAUGAGUGUGUGACGGGCUCAGGUCGCGGGUCCAUCAGGCUGGUGGGUUCUGGGGGAGACUGUGCAGGGAGGCUGGAGGUUUUUCACAGCGGCUCAUGGGGGACAGUGUGUGAUGACUCCUGGGAUAUUAAAGAUGCUCAUGUGGUGUGCAGACAGCUGCAGUGUGGAGUGGCCCUCAGUAACCAGCAGGUACCAGCCUGGUUUGGUCCUGGUUCUGGACCCAUAUGGCUGGAUGAGGUGGAGUGUGAGGGGAAUGAGACGUCCCUGUGGAGCUGCUCUUCUCCAGGCUGGGGAAAACACGACUGUCAGCACAAGGAGGAUGUAGGAGUCGUGUGCUCAGAGUUUAAAGAGAUCAGGUUAACCGAGGGCUGUGAAGGAAAUGUGGAGGUUUUCUACAAUGGAUCCUGGGGUAAUAUGUGUUGGAACCACAUGGACAGAGACACAGCAAGUAUGAUUUGUCAAGAGCUGAACUGUGGAAGAUCUGGUGAUUUUUCUAAUUCAAUAUCAAGAGUGAAAUCAGCUCCUAACUGGCUGGAUAAAGUAACAUGUCGACCACAUGAUUCAAAUCUGUGGCAGUGUCCAUCUUUACCGUGGGGACAGAAUGACUGCGUUGGAGAUGAAGUGGCCGCAAUCACCUGCUCAGAACAGGAGAGUCAUGAGUCCCCUAGAAGCUAUUUCUCAUGCCCCACAUCUUCCCUCCAGAGACAGUGUUCAGAUCAUGUUCCUCUCAGACUGAGUGGAGGGGAGGGCCGGUGCUCUGGGAGGCUGGAGGUGUAUCAUAACGCUGUGUGGGGCUCAGUCUGUGAUGAUCAGUGGGACAUCAGCGAUGCUCAGGUGGUCUGCAGGCAGCUGGGUUGUGGAGCAGCACUGAGGGCUGAUGGGAAUUCAGUCUUUGGUGCUGGUGAAGGUGUUGUGUGGCUGAACAGAGUCGAGUGCAGAGGGAAUGAGAUUCACCUGUGGGACUGUCCUCUCUCCCUGAAAAACCACACUGACUGCUCCCACAAAGAGCAUGCUGGACUCACCUGUGCAGAUUUUACAGAUGUGUCAGUGUCCUCUACUCCUGCCACAACAACAACAGCUUCUCCUCCAGUGCGCUCAACAUCAGUCUCUCCUCCACAAACUCCUCCAGCAGCGUCUCUCUCCGUCCCCCCAGUGCUUGUGAUUGUUCUGGGAGUUGUGCUCUUACUGCUCUUAGUGCCACUGCUUAUACUGAUUCAGCAGAACAGAGUGAUGAGGAGAGCUCUCUCUAAGAGGAGACACAGGACGACGACUGAGGAUGUUUAUGAGGAGAUUCAACACAGACACAAUCACUUCACUCAGAGGGGAAGUGUCUUUUCUGAAGAACAGCACUCUGGGUACGAAGAUGUGGAUGAGUUUCUUUCAGGUUAG